GGCAAUAGGAAGAUAACAAUGGCGACCGCAGAAGGUGAAAGUGACGACGGGCCGCGGGAAACCAAGCUGGUUUUGUACCAUUUUGUUACAUCAUUUUACUCCCAGAAGGCACGACUGGCCCUUAUAGAGAAGUGUCUAAAGUACGAGGAACAUGAUGUCAGCCUGCCUCUUAACGAGAACACGGAGCCGUGGUUCAUGCGUAUCAACCCGUCGGGCGAGGUUCCUGUCCUGGUACACGGGGAACAGAUCCUGGCAGACGCCAACAGUAUCAUCGACUACAUAGAGGAAACCUUCACUGAUGACUCCGUACCGAGGCUUGUGCCUCCCGAGGACACCAGGGCGGGAAGGCGCGUCCGAUAUUUCCGUGAGAUCCUGGACAACCUGCCCGUGGCGGCGUAUACCCACGGCUGUAUCCUCCACCCGCAGCUGACAGCAGACAGCAUGAUUCCCAGCUACGCUACCGCUAAACUAAAAGGCAUGAUAGCUCAGACAGAACAGACGCUGACCAAGCGCGCGAGCGAACACCCCGACCUGAGCGAGGCGUACAUGAAGAAACAGAAGCAGCUUCAACAGCAGCUGCAGCAGCAUGACGACAUCAACUACAUGAAGAGGCUGCUGCAGGACCUGGAGGAGACUCUCGACUUCGUGGAGAAGGAACUCGUCCUCAGGUUCAAGGAGACGCAAGAGUCAGGACAGCAGAUGUGGCUGUGCUGCGAAACCUUCACAGCGGCUGACAUUGCGCUGUCCACCCUCCUACACCGGCUGACAUUCCUGGGGCUGUCCCGCCGUUACUGGGGCAACGGGAUCCGCCCGCACAUCCAGAACUACUACACCAGGGUACAGGAACACCCGUCAUUCAAACAGGUGCUGGGGAACGUGAACAACAUCCUCUGGUCGGCCGUCAUGCCCACGAUAUUCCGCAUGGUCAAGCGGAGGAGUCCACACAUAAUGACAGGGGCGUCCGUUCUCGCUCUCUCAGCCUCACUCAUGUACAUGUAUUUCAAGAGGAAGUGGGUUUUUGCGCGGGGUUCGUGGCUAGGACAGAGACUGGUUAUGAAUAUUUGGUCAUCUUCGAAUGUUUGAGGCAACGUCGUGUGUAGCACUUCUCCAGACAUGCCUGCGCAUCUAUUUACCUCACACUACAGUGUGUCAUUUUUAGCUAAUCUCUUACCAUGAUGUUCAUAGCCCUAGCAAUGGUACUAUUAGACAAUCUUGUUACGACAUGUCCACAGUUGCUCGAAGCAGAAAACUGCCAAAUCUCAGUCAGAACAGACUGAAGCCAUGACAGACAAGCAGGCAUCUCUGAGGAAGUGCUUUUUACGACAUAUAUUAUAGGUACAAUUAGCAUUACGGAGGUGGUAUGGACAUGUAGGCCACAUCAACAUUAUUUGACUAAUACUUAACACAAGAUCAGAAGUUGCAAGUGGAAAUUCCAAGAAUGUUCUCCAACUGUUCUUAUUUUAAAGCAGGGAUUGAAAUAUGGUGGUAUUGGACGGCCUUGUCGAAGACAGAAACAUGUCACUGUAAACUCAUCUGGUGUUUCAAGUUAAAACUUUUGUUCCAGUACAAAGAAUUGUUCUCACGUAGACUAGACCUUUUGACCAGUCACUCUGGUCUUCCUCAGUAGACUGACCCAGUGAAACUUGUCAGGUGGAUCCUCUGAAGUGUGACAUCAACACUGACUCAAAGGUAUCUGGUGAACGAUCAAACAUGUAACUUCCAACACAGAUGAACUUUUAUGACAACACUCAUCUGAUAAUUUGUACGUACCUGCAAUGGUUUUAAGAAGAAGAGUGAUCGUCAGUCCACCAUAUUUAAAGCUCAGCUUUGAGAACUCGCACAAUGUGAGUUCCAUAUGUCAAGAACAUCCAUACAUCUCCUGUUUGUAUGGCCGUGAAUGAAGUAUGCUUGGACUUAGAGCAGGGUAAAUCAUUUCUACACCUUCUCUUCAGCAAAGACCAUUUGUAUUGUACCCUGCAAAACCAUCAUUCCAGUGUGUGUGCGUGUGGGUGUGUGUGGGUAUUUCUUCCCCUCUAAGGCAUUUUCGUGCAUCAGCAAAAAUUGUGCAAACUAUUUCAUCGAUCACUACAUCUGCUACGUACCAUACAUACCUCAUAAUUCUUGUAAGACUUGUCACUCGUAGUAGAGCCUGCUUUUCAAUUGGAUAUCUCGGCAAAUGUUCUAAAAAGUAGAUGGUGCAUAUUGCUCUUCUCCCUUGCUGAGCUUAAAUCUCCCCCAACCCACCCGCAAUACUUCACAAAAUUUAAAGCUUCUACUUCAAAGCAGAUGUGUAAAUGUGGUAACAGAACUUUUAGUAAAUGAGCAAGGAUCUACAUCUCCUAAUGUUCGGAGUUUGAUUGUACAAAAGAAGAUGCUUAAGAACCCAAUUUACUCCCAGUGCAAUCAUAAAGGCUAUGUUCAUGAUGACGGCAAGUUUUCUUGAGCCAUGAACAACUUGAAAGUUUUAAGACUGGAUGCCAUUCUAGUUAUGUCGACUUUGUUGUUUAGUUGAUCCCUCUUAACAGUGAUGGCAUCCAGACCAGGUCAUUUUCAAGCAAAACUACACUGUAGAAUGGAAACAGAAAGAAAUUAAU